AUGGCCAAGAAUGUGGCUGCUCAGUCUACUCUAAUUAAUGAAAGUGAUAGCGCAGCUUUAUCAUCGCUUGACCAAAAGCCAGCCAUGGCAAAACGUUGUUCUCAUGAAGCUGUAAUGGCUGGAGCUAAAGCAGCCGCGGUUGCUACUGUUGUAACUGCCAUUCCAACUAUGGCAAGUGUAAGGAUGCUGCCUUGGGCAAGAGCCAAUAUCAAUCCCACUGGUCAAGCGCUCAUAAUCUCUUCAGUUGCUGGAGCGGCAUAUUUCGUAGUUGCUGACAAGACUGUUCUAGCCACAGCUCGAAAGAACUCCUUCAACAAACAAUCUAAAGUGUAA